UUUAGUGAACAAACGUAAAACAAUUUAGUAAUUCCAGACCUCAAUGGCAAUCUUGUCAUUUACCCAAUAAAAAAUUGUCGCUUUUCCAGCAUUAUCGGAGAAUCUAUGAGUUAGAUGGUGAGUGCCAACUACUCAAUCAAAUUGGGUGUUAGAUUGGGACAGCCACCUCGGUUCGUGUUCUUGAUGAUCUUUGGAUGCCGACCACUCAUCCUUCUUCUCCUCUCUUACUUCCGGGGGUUUCCAACGUUCUCCUCAAGGUUCCCGAGAUUGUUUUCCUGCUCUGGCGGAUCUGGAAAGGAAGAUGUUGGUAUGUUCAUGGUGGGAUCCAUUAUCUUUUUUCGGCUUGACAUCGUCAAUUUAUUACUCAAUUGGCUGAUGGAGAGCAACGACUUAAGAUUCAACCACGGACAUGUCCAAGAAUCCACCUCAAACUUCCCUAGAUGUUUUGGCAUUUUGUGAUGCCUUACAAUGGUGUUUCACUCAUCAUUUCCUUUUCCUCGACUGCCAUGGCAAUUCUCUACCGACUAUACAACGGGUGUUGGCGGGCAAUUUUCACCAUGCCCCCGAAGAGCAAUACUAGAGGACAUUUGCACAGUGGCCGGACUACUCCAGUUAUGUUCUUGUUCACAUAUUACUCGUCGAGCUAAUAGAACAGCCUAUUUUGU